CAAAAAUUGAGGCUCCACGCUUCAUGUCGCAUGCGAGCACCCUACAAUUCCUCUAUAAUGAGAAACUCAAACUUCUACGCUGCCCAGUCGACUUUCGACUUUACACUCAGCGACGAAUGGUGUUCGGGGCAGCCAAGCAGCCCCUACCUCGUGGACGCCUGCACUUCGCAGCUGGACGAGCUUCCCUGGGCUUUGCCUGACACCUUUGUCGGCCAGGCCAUUGCGCGCUAUAACCUUCCGAACGAUUUCUUGUGCAGGUCCUCAGAGGUAUCAACAACUGCCUUUGCCACUGCGGUCAACGUGGAUGCGAACUCGACCCAGAUUCUGUCGUCCGAUUGCGUAUCUCGACGACAAGCUACGCCAACGUCCCCUUCCUGCAGCGAUAUGUCAUUAGAUGGUCCGUCCUGCGCUCCAAAGUGUGAGUCUUCUUCAGGUCAACACACCACUCGCAUCCCACACAACAUGGUCGAGCGGAAGUACCGUGAUGGCUUGAAUGCGCAGCUGGAGAGGCUGCGAAGAGCCGUACCGGCGCUGCUGCAGAGCGAUGAUGGAGACAGCACUAGCCAACCAAGACCAAGUAAAUCUAUGGUGAUUGCCGCCGCCAUCAACUACAUCGAGACGGUCACACUGGAGCGCGAUAUGUUACAGGCCGAGAACAACAAAAUUGGCAGUUCGAAAGGCAGACGGGGGUCGAAGAGAAGGCGAGUGAAUCCUGCUUCUGGGUCAACCGUUUCUUGAGUGUUGUAGCGAGCUGCAACUCCAAGAGUGUGCCCGACGAUGUGGGCACAGUAUUAUCCUAGGGAAGCGUGUCGUCUACACACGUUCUUUUUAGAAAUCUUAGAGCUGUUACGUCUCCCAAGUCGUUAGGAGAUACAGAGUGCCAACGCCUAGACUUAGCGUCUAAACCAUGCUGAGGGUGUUUGGAAAGAGGACCAUACGGUAG